UAGCCCUAGCGCCGUGCUCUCGGGGUUUGCCUUUAAUUCUAUCUCCGGCCGUCUCAGGUACGUUUCUGCUCUAACUCUCAGUGCAUUUCAGGUUACUUCGGGUAGCUGUUGUUAACUGUUGGUGGACAUUCAUUCACAAGAGAAGCUCAGAAGGUUUCACAGCUCUUUCUGGCCUACCGAUGGCUCCCGCUAAAGCAGACCCUGCGAAAAAGAGUGACCCGAAGGCACAAGCCUUGAAGGCUGCAAAGGCCGUUAAGUCUGGCAACAUUAAGAAGAAAGCCAAGAAAAUCAGGACAUCGGUCACAUUCCACCGCCCCAAGACAUUGAAGAAGGAAAGAAACCCCAAGUACCCCCGCAUCAGCGCUCCUCCGAGGAACAAGUUGGACCAGUACCAGAUCCUGAAGUACCCUCUUACCACGGAAUCCGCAAUGAAGAAGAUAGAAGAUAACAAUACCCUCGUCUUCAUAGUGGACAUUCGUGCUGACAAGAAGAAAAUCAAGGAUGCUGUCAAGAAGAUGUAUGACAUUCAGACCAAGAAAGUGAACACCUUGAUCAGGCCCGACGGGACAAAGAAGGCUUAUGUGAGGCUGACGCCAGACUACGACGCUCUGGAUGUUGCAAACAAGAUCGGGAUCAUCUAGGUGAGAUAUUUCUGCACGUUGUAGUUACCUCUGUAGUGCACGCGACAGUUUUGUUAAAGAACUCGAUUAUCUUCCCAGAUCCCGUCCCAUCAAUUGUUCUUUCCGAUUCCGAUACAUUUUCUCUUUCGUGGUCGUGGAUUCAGCUUGGCCUCUUCUUUAUCUUCAUGUAUCAUACCAUCUGUUUGCUCCUAUUAGAUCGACACUGCUCAUGGUUGCUUUUAUCCCUGCUUGGUUGUUUGAUGUCGUUAAGCUGUUAGACAAGAAGUUCACGUGCGGAAAGUGGCGGGAAAGGGCCCAUCUUGUGGACCCAGGCCAAGCCCAACUAGUUUUUACGAAAUAGAUAGGCAGAGGUGGAAAAGAUGUUUGUGUUAUUAUUAUUAUUAAUAAUUGUUUAUCAUUUUCUGGUU